CAGAUGUAUCUCUAAAACCUCUCAGCAUUUCGGAAAGGAAAAAGCCCUCAGCCCAGUAGGGCAGCAUGGCUCAAGAUCUCACAGAAAAAGAACUGCUGAAGAUGGAACUUGACCAGCUGAAAAAGGAAGUGAAGAAUGAAAGGCAAAUGAUCUCCAAGACGGGCAAAGAACUCAAGGAGUAUAUAGAAUCCCUGGCAGCAGAGGACCCUCUUUUGAAAGGUGUUCCUGAGGAUAAAAACCCUUUUAAGGAGAAGGGAGGCUGUAUAAUUAGUUGACCCCCGCCACUCACAGACAAACUUCGGACCCUUUCCUCCUACAAAACCAAGACUGUAAGAAUUUUGCUUACCCUGUAGCAUGAUCUUUCCAUUGGGUGGGGCAGCCCCCCAAAACGAAACCCUUUUGAAGUGUAGCACAUCUAUGGGAGGGGAAAAAAAGGAUAUUGGAGACAUACCUAAAUUUAGCAGCAAGAAGGCAGCCUUCUUCUCUAGGCUCUCACAGCCGAUUUCCAUUUCGUUUAAUAUACACACACAUUUGUUGAACUUGCUGCACUUCUAUCAAUCAACACUUCAAUCAGGCAUUAAGAAAACCUUGAGACUAUAAAGCUUAACUUCAGACUCGACCUCCCUAGCACAAGGUGGAAGUCAAUGCCACUUGACUUGGGCGACUGUGAGCAAGUCACUUAACCUCUGUGACAGAGUUUCCCCAUCUGUAAAACAGGGAUAAUAAUGCUUGCUCACCUUUGGCAAAGCAUGUAGAGAUCUAAGUUUCAAAGGUGCUAAGUAUUAUUAUAACUAUCACGGCCAAGGAUUUUAGGGGGCCUGAUAAAUUGACAUAUUUACUCUGUCCACAUACCAGGCUACCAGUUACUUGGAAGUUGCUCAUUUAUUCAUUACAUUAUUUGGGGAGAGACACCCCUCCACCCCG